AUGAGCGAAUAAAUUGAAUAGAGCUCUAGCACCAUAAACUAAGAUAUAAAUAUACUAUAAAAAACCUAAAAUGUAUAAUUAAACAGCUCUUGGGUUUACGAUUGCAUUUUCACUAAUAUAAAAAAUGGAUUAAUUGAUAAAAAUAAAUAUAAUUAAGAAAGAUUGCAAAUUGAUAAUAAUCAAGAAGGAAAUAAACAAAAUUAUUCAAAUGUAUAUCAAGUCUUGGCAACUACUAGAAAAGGAAAACUUUUUUAAUUUGAUAAAUGUGAAGAUGGAUCUAUAUAAAAUUAAAAAACCAUAUAUACCUCACCAAUUAAUGAGGAGUUUUACAGAUUAUAUGAAGAUUAUGAUACUAUUGAUUAUUAAAGAAGAUACCUGUUGGUAUCUGGUUCUAGAAAAAAAGUUCAUGUUUUUAAAUUAUAAAACAACGACAGAUAAAGUAACAAUCAGCAAAAUCAAGAUAUUUAGGAAGACUUUAGCUUAUACCAUAAAUUUGAAUAUAUUCCAGCUCCUGAAAGAAAUGUUUAUAGUUUAAGUGGAUAUAAAAAACACUCAAACAAAAUUCUAUCUUCUGGUUAAUCAAAUAUUACUCUUUAUGAUCUUUAGCAUCAAAAGAUUUAAAGAAGAAUAAAGAAUAACAUUGAAAAUGCAUGUAUAUAGUACAACAGGGAUUAUAAUUUCUUUUUUACAUGUGGAACUUCAAAAGAAAUUAUUGCAUAUGAAGAUAGAUAGAAUAAGUAGAUUUUUAGUUUGAAAGGCCAUGAAUCAAAUGUAUUAAGAAUGGCUAAUCUGAAGAAUAAUAAUUAAUUUUUACUUGCUAGUGGCUCACAUGAUAAAUCAAUAAUAUUGUGGGAUAUUAAAUAUUAACAUAACAAUAAAAUAAUACAAAAUCAUCAUACUAAUGCUAUUUUUGGUAUUGAUUAUGAUCACAUUAACUAAAUUGUUUAUUCUACUGGAUGGGAUAAAUCUAUUAAAGCCUUAGAUAUUAAAUCUUUCAAGGUAAUUGGUAAUAUAUAAAGGGCUUAAUAAGAUAAUAUAAUAACUUGCAGAUACAAUUCCUAAACGUAAGAACUAAUGUCAUCAUCUAGGGAUGGAUCUAUCUAAUUUUAUAAGGCAAAUAUAGCUUGA